AUGUGGAAGGCUACGGCAGGGCACACCAUUUCUGUCAAUCAGGAUGACGGAGCCGAUGACUGGGAGACGGAUCCUGAUUUUGUGAAUGAUGUGAGUGAGAAAGAACAGCGCUGGGGAGCUAAAACUGUGAAAGGAUCCGGCCAUCAAGAGCACAUCAAUAUUCAUCAGCUGAGAGAAAACGUAUUCCAAGAACACCAGAACCUCAAAGAGAAGGAGCUCGAAACGGGACCAAAAGCUUCCCAUGGCUAUGGAGGGAAAUUUGGCGUUGAACAGGACCGCAUGGAUAAAUCAGCUGUUGGACAUGAAUAUCAAUCCAAACUUUCUAAGCAUUGCUCCCAAGUGGAUUCGGUGAAAGGAUUUGGUGGCAAGUUUGGAGUACAGACUGACAGGGUUGACCAGUCGGCUGUUGGGUUUGAAUAUCAGGGGAAAACUGAGAAGCAUGCCUCCCAAAAAGACUACUCGAGUGGGUUUGGUGGAAAAUACGGAGUCCAGGCUGACAGAGUGGACAAGAGCGCAGUGGGGUUUGAUUACCAGGGUAAAACUGAGAAACACGAGUCGCAGAAGGAUUAUUCCAGGGGCUUUGGUGGUAAAUACGGUGUUGACAAGGACAAAGUGGACAAAAGCGCUGUUGGCUUUGAAUACCAAGGCAAAACGGAAAAACAUGAAUCACAGAAAGAUUACGUCAAGGGGUUUGGAGGCAAGUUCGGGGUGCAGACAGACAGACAAGACAAAUGCGCGCUUGGCUGGGAUCACCAGGAGAAGGUGCAGCUACACGAAUCCCAGAAAGACUAUAAGAGUGGUUUCGGAGGGAAAUUUGGUGUACAGACAGAAAGGCAGGACCCAUCUGCCGUGGGGUUUGAUUACAAGGAGAAACUAGCCAAGCAUGAAUCUCAACAAGAUUACUCGAAAGGAUUUGGUGGGAAGUAUGGUGUACAGAAAGAUCGGAUGGAUAAG